AUCUCUUGUUACUCGCCUCUUAUCAUUCAGCUGUGAUUCACUUCUUCAGCUCGAGUCGACGUCGCUCUCUCUCGCGUUACCAAGCCUUGCAGUACUUGCGCGACAACUACACCACCCUCACACGCCACCUAACAUGGACGCCGUCGCAAUCCAAGAUGCCAACAAGAUCAGAGUCGCAAUGGGCCUUGCGCCCCUGCCCGUGCCCGGCGAAGACGGCCUCCAGUUCAAGUCGAAAGAUGACGGAGAGGAUUCGGACCCUGAUGAUAUGAGCACAUUGGAAAAGCGUCAAGCAGCCGCUGGUGACAACUGGAAGAAGCUGCAAGAUGAAGAGAAAGUCAGACAAGAGCGCCUGGCUCGCAAGGAGGCUCUCAAGAAGGCACGCGAUAUGGAACUACGGAACGCAAAACUGGAAGGAAAGGGCUUGGGUGAUGCGGAAGAGGCAGACAUGGACACAAAGACGUGGUUGUUACAGCAAAAGAAGCGCCAAAAGAAGAUUGAGAAGGCAAGAAAGUAUGAGGAAGAGCAGGCCGAACUCGAGCGUCAAGCACAAGCGGAAUACUCAGCAAAGGAUCUGGCCGGUGUCAAGGUUGCUCACGAGCUGGACCAAUUCGACGCAGAAGGCGAGCAGAUCUUGACUUUGAAAGAUGCAGCAAUUGGCGACGAGAGCGAAGAUGACGAGCUGGAGAACCUGGACUUGCGCGCAAAGGAACAGCUGCAAGAGAAAUUGGAGCGCAAAAAGAACAAGCCUGUCUACAACCCUAACGAUAUGGACGAUGGAAACCGCUCUAUCCUCGCGCACUAUGACGAGGAGAUUGACGGAAAGAAGAAAAAGAACUUCACUCUCGAUACAUCUGGCGCCAUCGAUCAAGCCGCUGUCGCUGCUCGGAGAGAAGCCGCAGAAGCCGAACGCAUAGGAGUCAAGGGCAUCAAGAUCAGUCUGGAUAUGUUGCAAGACGAUACACCUAUCUCAGAUUACCAAGAUCCUUCGACUGCCAAAAUCCGCAAGCCCAAGAAGCCGAAGAAGGCCAAAACCUCCCGUACAAAGGCUGCAGAUGAGGAUGACAUCUUCCCGCUACCCGCACCGCAACCCACCGCCGACCAGAUGGACGUUGACGGCCAACCAGCAUCGAAUGGAGCUGCUAAGAAACGCACCUUUGAGACUUUCGAUGAUGACGAUCUACAAGCAAAAUUGGCAGAGCAGCGUCGUGCAGCGUUGAAGAAGCGUAAGAAGACCGAUGCUGCUGAGCUGGCUCGCCGCAUCCGCGAAGAGGAAUCUGCAACACCAAUGAACACUGCCGAAGACGAUGAGGAGCCUGGCCUUGUAAUUGACGAAACUACCGAAUUUGUGUCCAAUCUGAGACGACCUCAAUCACCAGACUCGGCAGACGAGCGCACACGAGCCACAUCGACACCCGCCGUAGGAGAGACCAAAGAUGAGGACGAGACUAUGCAAGAAUCCUACGCCGCAGUAGAAGAUGAAGAGGAAGCUCGAGCCCGCCAGGAAGCCGAAGACAGAGAAUCCUCCGCACCACCAGCUAUGACAUCCACUGGCUUCGAAGCCGAAGAAGACACCUCAUCCGGCGCCGGUGGCAUCCUCAACAUGCUCCGCAAACGUGGUCUUGUCCAAGAUAGUGACGCCGACAAAGCCAACGCAGCCGUCCGCGCCCAACAACAAUUCCUCGCUGAGAACCAAGCUCUCGUCGAUGAGUACGAUCGCAAAACCAAAGAAGCUCGCGAAAACGAUCGUAAAUCCGGCCGUUUCGACCGCAUGUCUCACCGCGAGCGUGAGGCCUACUCCCGCCAGCAGAACGAGCAACGUGAUGCCUAUCUCGCACAACUACAAGCUGAGCACUUCAAGCGUUCGUAUAAGCCUAAUGUGCAAUUACGCUACAAUGAUGAGGAUGGCAGAGAGAUGAACCAGAAAGAAGCAUUCAAGCAUCUGAGUCAUAGGUUCCACGGCAAGGGUAGCGGUAAACAGAAGACGGAGAAGAGGAUGAAGAAGAAGCAGGAAGAGGAUGAUAGGCAGAGGAAAUCGUUACUUGGCUUUACUGGUACGAAUGAGGCUGUGGGCGCUACGGCUAAGAAGAACAGGCAGGCUGGUGUAAGAUUGCAGUAA